GGAAUGCUGGGAAACCCCGACCGGCGAAUGACGGAGACUCCCGAAGCCGAGCACGAGCGCAGCACGAGAAAAUAACGGCCUCAGAACUAAAACCGUCUGAAGCCUAAUGUCACUUAAUCGCCUUUUAGCAGCACUACCGGCAAUGACCAGAGGGAGGCGCCUAUAUAUCCACCUUCUGUGUAAAGCCCAUAUUCAUCACGGUCAAAUCACUUUCCAGCGUCUCUUGUUUUGGAAUGGAAGACAGACCUGGACCAAUAUACUUCUUCGAUCAGCAUUCAAGUAAAAACGACAAACGAUCAAGAUUUUCGGCUGACCGCCCACCUUUUCCUUUACGAUACUACUGUAACCAGCCAUCCUUUGAAUCAGUCAUUAAUAGGUCGGUCGCCUACGGUGUCUCCGAAGAAGAGGAUGACGACGACAGUGAAAUGAAGAGAGAAAAACAGAAAAGGGGAAUAAAAUGGGAAACGCUGCUUAGUUCAAAAAAUAGUCAGGGAUCUGUAGGUGCUUGGGGAUCUGGGGUGGAGGACAAGGUACAUCUGAAUGAGCUUAGAAAAAGAGCUGCUUAUCUCCUCCAGGAGCUGGGAAAGUUGCUCCAUCAGUGUGAUAGAUGCGAGGUAGAUUUUUCUCUGCCCCGGGGGCUGAUGAAUAUAUUGAAUUACACCUGGAAUGAGCUGACAGGAGUAGACGCUUAUGAUAAACGACGGUGGAAAUCCCUGGACUUCACAGGUAGGAAAGAGCGCGACCUGAAAGCCGCGUUGGCUGCAGCGGAGCCUUCCGUUGAUGCGCGUCAGACGGACGGCUUACAGGUCAAGAAAAAAAACAGAAAGACGGCGGAAAAACUCAGUGAAGAAAUCGUCCUGGAAUCUCCGAGCUUGCAAAACAAGCAAACGAAUGCCAAGGCACACAGCUGUGAGUGUUUAACGUUAGAAUCAUCUGAAGUACCAACCACUAUAAGCUUCUCAAUAUCUUCUGGACUCUGCAGGGAUCAAGGCUGGCUUAUUUACCCAGAGCCGCCACCUCCCGAUGACCCUGAUUGGCAGGCACAGUGCCAGUGGGUUGUGGAGAGGCUUCAGCCGGUGGUAAAAGCCAUAAAGGAGCAAACUGCAAAGCUUAAGGAGCAAGGACUCACCAAGUCACUGGUGUUGCGUCACUAUGGGGAUGACAGGAAAAGAGCUGUGAUUGGUUGCAGGAGGGCAGGUGUUCCUUUCUGCGGGCCUCCUCCACUCCCCCAGAUGGUCCAAGAAGAACCAUCACUGCCAAAGCUGCACUACAGAACCGACGACGGGACCUCCUUCAUCUACUACCCUUCAGGGCGUGUAGCAGUGUGCCAGACCCCUUCCGGACUGCUAUGUGGCGGCUUCUACACCAAUGUGUUUGGGGACAGUCCUGAGCAGGACAUUCUGGCCACCUUCACGGCAUUAGGCUGCGGCAGUGUCACACACCCACUCAGUGGCACAGUGACAGCGACGUGGAAUCAGCGUGGGGGGUUUAUGUGUGAUCCAAAUGGGGCUGUGAAGAAGGAAUGGAUCUGGGGCCUCAGAACCUCAUCCAAUGGUCCAAUCCGAAUGCAGGUGACUGAGCUGAUCUCAUUGCGAGUGCGGAGCCCAGCCUCGGCUACUCUCUGGUUCAGGGGUCCCCAGGAGAGUGUGCAGCUGUCAAUCACUCCUCCUUCUGGUGUGAAAAGCCUGGAAGCAGUGAGGCCAACAGAGGCAGUGACAACGGAGGUGACAAACUCUCAGAUGAACCGCGUGGCUCAGCCAGGACGACAGAUGGAACAGGAACUGAGACGGCUUCGACGAAGAGCUGGGAGCAUCGUGGAUUGCUGGUUGGAACACUACCGUGUCACCGUUGGUCUGAAGGUUUCAGAAUCCCCCUGCUGGACCCCUCUGAAACAGCAGCUUCCAUCAGCAGCCCUGGACUCCAUUUCCACUGCUGGUACAGAAGUCCCAUACUCAGAGCAGCCAUUAGGGGGCAGUGCUGAGGGGCACAUGACAAUUCACCAUCAGUCUGCACCUGCAAACAGCAUCCGGUGGGACUUGCCCAUCUGCACUCCAGUGUCACGCAGGUUGAAAACCCCACGGGACGAGAAAAGAGGGGAAGCUCAGUAUGUCAGAGAGGCUGGGCCGCUCCGGGUGUACAGCAACGUCAUGCUGGAUCUGCUACUGACCUCCAGAAGCUCAGAAAUAUCCCAGCCCCACCCUGUACCCCCAGGCCUCUCUGUGCCCUGCCCCAGCCUGCUACGGGCCACCCUGCUUGGCCACGAGGGGUGCCGGCUGUGCCCCUGCAGUGCCCACUGCAUGCCCCUGCUGACAGACCUGGAGUAUGACACGUUCAUCUCCAGCCAGGCGCUGCGGCGUCAGCAGAUCCUGAUCGUGUGCGUGGCCGCAGCGCAAAACCCGCGGUCUGCGUCUGCUGAGGCUGCGCUGGAGGAGAUGUACAGGAGGAGGAACAAGAACAGGAGCAUGCCAUGUGCUCAGUGUUACAGUGUCUUUCUCCAGUGCUACCUGGAUCCAUUCCGCAUGGUGAAGUACGCGACCUAUGCCACAGACUCGCCUUCAGUCUCACAGCCUUCUUUGCUUCAGCAGAGACACAAUGUAGCUCCGGGGAUGAUCAUGAUCAUGUAAAGAAUGCGACAGAAGUCAGGACAUCUUUGUGAAUGAUGUGAAUCACUGGCAACGUGAAGAUAAACAGCAGCCCAGGAAUUUCAGUGAAAGAUUCUGAAACUGAAACACUUUUAAUAGGUAAAAACAUUUCCCGAUUGGUUCGCAAUGAUUCAGAAAUAGAACAACCGUGAAUGGUAAAUGAUAGCAAUUAACAAAGCAUAGCAAAAUUGAAAUUUUUCCAGUUUGGAAAAAAAUACAGACUGUUAUGAGAAUGAAUUUCUAUCUUUAUUUGAAAUUGCAAGGCUUUCAUCUGAUAACUAGCACCCUAUGACCCAAGAAAUGCUAGUUAAGCAAGACUUUAAUCAGUCAGAGUGGCUAUUUAUAACAUCCGUCAUUUCAAUUCCGCACACAAGAUGGUAGUGAGAGGGGGAAAAUAUCCAGUCAGGCAUUCAUUUGUUGCUGCGUUCAACAUUUUCAACAUCUGUUACAGGAAGGUUAAAAAAAAUGCACAAAACGCAUGGACUGUUUUGUCAGCAACAAAGGAAGACUUCAAAAAAAUUGAAGGUACUUGAGUUAGACGAGUGUGUGUGCAGAGGGUGAAGUUCCCACCAUUAAGAACCACUGCUUGUUCUUUGAGUGAAACUGGAGCCGAGUUCUGCACUCAAUGGCUUAUUGUGGAGAUGGGAGUGGCAGUGGUGGUGUUGUGGAGGUGGGCCAACUGUCUUGUCUCCUGCACACACAAAGACAGCUCCACAGCACGUGUGCACACACACACACACCCACCCCUACUCUCCAUUCAUUUGUAUGGGCAUAACCUUAACCCUAUGAUAACCUUAACCAUUACCCAGUCCUAGCAUUAAGUAACCAAACAAUAUCCAAGACUUUUGUUAGUUUUUUAGUUUCUUAAAUGCAUUCACAGAUUUUUAUAAAAUUAUUGUUUAUAUUGUUGGGACAAAAUAUCUCCACAACCUAAAAACGAACAGGUUUUACCGCAUUAUGUGAACGUGGUGAAUACAAACCUACACACAAACUUCGGGUCGCCCCAGGCUACAAAGCUGCUCCCCACAUCUGUGAAAUCUGAAAAUGAGUAAUCAGAAGUCGUGUCUAUUUUUUGGGAGCCAAGCUCAAUCAAAGUUGAUCUCUGUCGGAGGGGGUGUCACUGCUAGGCCAGGAUAAUUUGUGAAACUAGAGUCAUGUGAGGAGAAAAAAUAAGCAACAACUAUGUCGUCAUUUGUGUGACUACUGUGGUUGUGCGAGGCAGUGAUGAGAAAGUCCCAACCAGGAACUAACUCUUAGUUUUACAUUCCGAAAAAUAGGCUGAUUAAACACCGUGGUAUUUAUCUAACAGCGGCAAACUAGAUUCUUAAAAAAUGGAUGACCGAUACCCUAUCUGUUUAUUCAGCAGACACACUGACUCAUCCAGCUUCCUCUCGGUGGCUUUUUGAUGGUUCCUCAUACCUAGUUUCUGCUGAAGAUACGCAGGUGACGCUUGUAGUAGGGCCCGCAAACCACACCUCAAGAAUCCCAGCUUUCCCAGUAUCUCAUACGUCAGCUUGUGGUAUCGAGUG